AUGUCAAGGAACCCUGCAUCGACAAAGCUGCGACCAGGUACACCAGACCUUUCGAUCAAUACGCGAGCUGCGUCGAUUGGCAGUGUCCCUGUACGUGGACAAGCAGCAGUUCAGUCACCGUUUACUCUCAGCGCACGCUCGCCGUCUAGUUCACCAUCGCCACGUUCUCCUGUUUCGCCUGCGACGCGCAAUCGUGGCUAUUCCUUGCGGAGAACCCUGUUUCAUAGAAAUGUGGAGGGCUCGAUAAAUAGUCCGGAUCAUGGUUCCGUAAUCGAAUUGCAGGAAGGUGCAGGUUCACAGUCAUCGCAAAAUGUACCCUUACGGCAGGACUCGAGAGCAAGUAAAAAGUCUGUUACGACGACGAUAUCUACCGUUGCUCCAGACGAUUUCGACUUCAUCGAGCCGCAAGUGGAACAGCCGAAGGACAAGAAGACUACGCUGGGUCUCGCAGCACUGCCCAACUAUGAGUCUUGGAUAGCGGACAAAGCGCGCCACAAUACCGCAUACAAACAAUUCAAGCGCGUGUAUACUCGCGCGAGGAAGUUUGUCCUCCGAAUACACGACAUCCCACCCAGCAAAGACGGUAGACAUAUCGACUUGGAUCCAUUCCGAAAAACGAACCUGGUUGAUGAAAGGACGAACAAGAACUUCAUCGCAAACAAUAUCCGAUCGACCCGUUACAACGCGUGGAAUUUUGUGCCGCGUCAACUCUUCGCGCAAUUCUCGAAGCUUGCCAACUUCUACUUUCUUUGUAUUAGUAUUUUGCAGUUGAUACCCGGUCUCAGUACCACGGGGACUUUUACCACUAUCGUACCGCUCAUGUUCUUCGUCAGUUUGUCCAUUGCAAAGGAGGGCUAUGAUGACCUGCGUCGGUAUAGAUUGGACAAGGCUGAGAACAAACGAGAUGCCAAGAUCCUGCAUGCCUACCAGCCUACGGCCACGAGAUUGUCGACUGACGAAGAAAUCAGUGGGACCCCGAACGUUGGCCCAAUACACUGGGCAUCUACCAAGUGGCAGGAUAUUAGGGUUGGCGAUGUGGUCAAACUGAAUCGAGACGAUGCCGCCCCGGCGGAUCUGGUCGUUCUGCAGUCAAGUGGGCCAAACGGAAUCGCGUAUGUGGAAACCAUGGCUCUGGAUGGCGAGACGAACCUGAAAAGCAAGCAAGCUACAGCCUCAAUACAGGAGAUCUGCAAGUCAUCGCACGAUAUCGUCAACUGUCAGGCAAAAUUUGUCGUGGAGGAUCCAAACCUUGACCUCUACAACUUUGAGGGGAGGGUGACUGUCAAUGGGAAAACCUCACCACUUACAAGCGCCGAGGUGAUAUAUCGGGGUAGUGUGCUGCGAAACACGCCAGACGCGGUCGGAAUGGUCAUCUAUACUGGCGAAGAAUGCAGAAUUCGGAUGAAUGCCAAUAAGAACCCACGAAUCAAAGCACCGGCACUACAAUCAAUUGUCAACAAGAUUGUCCUCUUGGUUGUCAUAUUCGUCGUUGCCCUUGCCAUCUUCAAUACCGUCGCGUAUCAAAUCUGGGACAGCCUAGAAGACAAAUCCUGGUAUCUGACCAACGCUGGCGUGGCCUUUUUUCCAAUCUUGGCAAGCUUCAUUAUCAUGUUCAACACGCUCAUUCCCUUGAGCUUGUACGUGAGUUUGGAGAUUGUCAAAGUUGCUCAAAUGUACUUUUUCAACGAUAUCGAUAUGUACGAUCCCGUAAGCGAUACACCAUGUGAGGCCAGGACAUCUACGAUCAACGAAGAGCUCGGCCAAGUCAGCUAUGUAUUCUCGGACAAGACAGGUACACUCACAGACAACAUGAUGAAAUUUCGCAAGAUAAGUGUCGCCGGGACAGCUUGGUUGCAUAACCUAGACAUAGUCGAUACAGGUAAUGCCGGGCCGCGUAUGAAGAAGAAACGCGUCAAAGGGAAGGAGAAAGUAGAAAAGCCUCGGAAAAGCCUUCAUUCUCUGCGUCGGAAGUCGAGUCAAAUGAUCCGACAUGGUCUUGAAGGUGAAUCGCCGGAGCGCGAGUCUCCAGAGCGCGAAGGCGUCAACGAGACUCAGCGAUCCGUCACCUGGCGCUCAACCGCGAGACCAGCACGGCAUCAAACAGAGAUGUUAUCCACCGACUUGAUUCGGUACAUUCAGCGCAAGCCGCACACCAAGUUCGCGAAGAAAGCCAGACUGUUCCUGCUGUCAAUAGCGCUAUGCCACACAUGUCUCCCUGAGAAGAAGGACAAUGGGGAGAUUGACUUUCAAGCCUCUUCGCCAGACGAGCUUGCUUUGGUGCGAGCAGCGCAGGAACUGGGUUUCAUGGUUAUUAACAGAGAUGUCGGCACGAUCACAUUAAAGAUUGUACCCAUAACACCAGGUGGAGAAGAGAUUACCGAGAUAUACGAGGUUCUGGAUGUGAUUGAAUUUACGAGCAAGCGCAAACGCAUGUCAAUUAUUGUGCGUUUCCCUGACCAGCGUCUUUGUAUGUUCUGCAAGGGCGCCGACAGUUUCGUCAUGCAACGGCUGCGGCUAUCAAGUCUGGCCAACCAAAAGGUCGGAGAAGUCGAACGCAGAGCUUCGAAGCGCAAAAGUCUGGAGGCACAGCAUGCCAUAGCCAGACGAAGCGAACAGUUUGAUCGUAAGAGUAGCAUUGGACGUCUCAGUGGGACUUUUGGGCGAAAGAGCAUGGGCAGCAUGGGCAGGUCCAGUUUCAGCAUGUCUGGCGCUCGUCAGUCUUCGGUUGGUAACGGGAUUGGAAUGCAGUCUCCCAGAGACGAGCUCGAUUCCUGGUUGAGUCAGAGAGAAAGAGAUGUAGAUAUGGAUGUCGUCGAGGACGAGGCAUUCUACACGCCCCGGCCAUCCACGCAGCUUCAGAGGCAAUCUCUGGCCAUGUCGGACGCUCGAAGCUCCAUGAUACUCGACGAUCUCGACGAGAUGGUCGAGGAGUCGUUGGUAGCUGACGAGCCUGCUGUUCUCGAACGCACUUUCCAACAUAUCAACGACUUUGCAACAGAAGGUCUUCGGACCUUGCUGUAUGGGCAUCGCUUUCUUAACGAGCAAGACUAUCAAGGCUGGAAGAAAAUAUAUCUCGAUGCCACAACUAGUCUUGUGGAUCGAACAGAAUUGAUUGAGAAGGCCGGUGAUCUGAUUGAGCAGAACCUAGAGCUUACAGGUGCGACCGCUAUUGAAGACAAACUACAAAAGGGGGUUCCAGAAGCAAUCGAUAAACUUCGGAGAGCCAACAUCAAGAUGUGGAUGCUCACGGGCGACAAGCGAGAGACCGCGAUCAAUAUCGGACACUCUUGCCGACUGAUCAAAGACUACUCAACAGUCACAGUUCUGGACAAUGAGGCUGGAGAGGUUGAACAAAACAUCGCGGCUGGCAUAGUCGAUAUCAAUAGUGGACAUGUUGCCCACUCGGUGGUCGUCGUGGAUGGCCAGACCUUGUCAUACAUUCUUACUUCUCCGCCACUCUCAGCGCUGUUCUUCGAUUUGGCUAUCCUUGUUGAUAGCGUAAUUUGUUGUCGUGCGUCACCGUCUCAGAAGGCCCUUUUGGUCAAAGCUAUUCGAAAACGGGUAAAGAAGAGUAUCACACUGGCCAUUGGAGAUGGAGCGAAUGAUAUUGCCAUGAUUCAAGAAGCACAUGUCGGCAUUGGCAUUGCUGGCAAGGAAGGUCUCCAAGCAGCUCGAGUCAGCGACUACAGCAUCGGACAGUUUCGCUUUCUUGUAAAGCUUCUACUGUGUCACGGCCGGUGGAACUACAUCCGCACUUGCAAGUACACGGUCGCGACGUUCUGGAAAGAAAUGCUGUUCUACAUGACUCAAGCCCUCUACCAACGUUAUGCCGGCUACACUGGCACCUCCCUCUACGAAUCGUGGUCGCUUUCCAUGUUCAACACCCUCUUCACCUCUCUCCCUGUCAUCUUUAUCGGCAUAUUCGAGAAAGAUCUCGCCGCGUCAACCCUUCUUGCUGUUCCUGAGCUGUACACGAAGGGCCAACGCAACGGUGGCUUCAAUUUCAAGCUUUACCUCGGCUGGAUGUUCAUGGGUGUGGCCGAAGCCAUGGUCGUUUGGUGGACAAUGUGGGGUCUCUACGGCGAAGUUGAUUUCAGUCGCGACAGCACGCUUUUCGCCAUGGGCCAACUAACGUUUUCGUCUGUCGUAAUCUUGAUCACGAUAAAACUCCAACUGCUCGAGACGCAUCACAAGACGUACAUGCCAGCUAUCAGUGCAUUCUGUAGUGUCGGCGGUUGGUUCCUCUGGAACAUCAUUCUGGCUGGCACUUACCACAACAACAUCAUAUACAAGGUCAAAGGCGCCUUCUUCGAUCGCUUCGGCCGCAGCUUGCUAUGGUGGACAAUCCUCCUACUCAUCAUCGCGGCCUGCACGCUCUUCGAGAUCGCCGUGAGCGCCGCACGGAAAGCCUACUUCCCCGACGACGUCGACACCUUCCAGGCCCUCGAACAGAAUCCCGCCAUCAAGCGCCGCCUCGAGGAAGCGAGCGCGAACAUACUGCAAGCAAGCUGGGGCUACGCCCUGGAGGGCCAGGACGGCGAGGCUGUGAAGCGUGCCCGGAAGAUCGAAGAAGAGCAGAAGGCCAUGGAGGAGCAGGAGCGCGAGAUGCAGGAGCUGCUGAGGACGAGGACCGCGGACGAGGCGCAGAUACAGCCGAGCACCCAGCAGGCCGAGGGUGUGAGGCCGAGACGGCAUGAGGAGGUGCAGGAGAUGCUGAAGAGGGGGUUUGGGAGUGUGAGGAGGGGAUAA